GAACCCAGCGAGUGUUUAUCAUAGACGAUUUAUUUUCCAGCGCUAAGUCAACAUAAAACAGCAAACGUACAACGAUUAUUUAACAUUUUUCAGAGAGGUAGCGCGAGCCGCUCGGCCACCACAGCCACCUCUAUGGGCUCAAGCUCAGUGUCUUCUGACGGGCUGAAACUCUCGUCCGGCAGCCGGUCAUGAGUUUGUACCACCACCGGUCAGCCGCGCAGGCCGGUCUGGGCGCCUCGGCGCUGGGCCUCAGCGGCUCGCCCCUCAUCUACGUGUACGGCGGCGAGCUGGGUGGCGUGUUUCCCGCGCUGGGCUUCGCCUCGGCGCGCCGGGAGCCUCCGCAGAAACCGCCCUACAGCUACAUCGCCCUGAUCGCCAUGGCCAUCAAGAGCGCGCCCGAGGAGCGCGCCACGCUCAGCGGCAUCUACCAGUUCAUCAUGGACAACUUUCCCUUCUACCACGACAACAAGCAGGGCUGGCAGAACAGCAUCCGCCACAACCUGUCGCUCAACGACUGCUUCGUCAAAGUGCCGCGCGAGAAGGGCCGGCCGGGCAAGGGCAGCUACUGGACGCUGGACCCCAAGUGCCUGGACAUGUUCGAGAACGGCAACUACCGACGCAGGAAGAGGAAGGGCAGGGGGCAGGAGGCGCGCGACGACAAGGCGCCUCACAAGAGGGCCCGGGGUCAUGCGCCCGCGGGAGCGCGCGCUGCCAGACUGCUGGAGAAGAAAGAGGCGUUUGUGGUGGACGCAAAGGGAGAGCGAGAGGAGGACCACGGAGGAGCUGGCCGUUGGAACGGGGAGGCACGCGCUCCAAAUUGCGGUGCGCUCCCGUCUGGUGCGCGCUCGAGCUCCGCGCGGGAGGAGGAGCCGAGUCCGUCCGUAACUCAGUCGAACCCUGGUGCCCAGAAAACGGCCCCGGGGAGCCCCGCAGCGCGCGCCCCGCCGGCCGGGAGCGCGCCCCAGCCUGAGCCGCGGAAGGCGACUGACAGAGCGAAGGCGUUCAGCAUCGAGAGCAUCCUAGCGCGGAAGGUCAGCAGCGUCCAGCGGAGCUGCGCGUGCGUGCGCUCGGAGGAGGCUGGUGCGCCGCCGCGGCCGCCGCUUGUGCUCGAGCCGCUGCGCUCGUACGUGCGCGUGACGUGGCCUGCAGAGAACGCGCGCUACAACGAGGAGGCCGCAGAGAAACUGUACUGAUGACCAGCAAAGGCUGAACUCAGGUAUUGACCAUCAGGUAACAGGGGGAGGCUUCACUUCAGGGGCCUUUGAAGUUUAAUGUUUCUAAAUGAGAAAAAAGGAAGUGAUGUAAAUAUGUCACGAAGUUACAAAAGUCCUUUUUUCCAUGUGAAAUGAUGGCUGUCCCGAAUUACCAUAGUGUCCCGUAGCACCAAACACGCUGACCCCUUUUACCUGAGUGCACUUAGGCAGUAGGUGCAGUUUGUAGAAUUUGAGGUCACAGAGUGCCACAGUAACAGUGUCAUUUAGGUCAUAUAGCACCAUCUGAAAUGGUAUUCCGUGUUACCUGAUGGCCCAUAAUACCGGAAUUCAACCCUGGGUUGUGGCUUCGGAAUUAAGGCAGCACAUGAACUCAGUAAACUUUAGUCUAUAGCUUUAUUCAAACAACUGGAUGGGAUUCAGUAACAUUAACACUUUCUCUCUGACAACCACACAGCAUGAAAAAGACAGGAAUAGUGUUUUAUCAGAUAAUUAAGAUCUACAAUUAUUAUUAUUAUUAUUAUUAUUAUUAUUAUUAUUAUUAUUAUUUGGGUUUGGCACAGCCUGGGUGGCCCAUUUGCAGGUUCAUGCAUGGUUGACAGUACUUACUUCUGUUGAUGUAUUACGAGCCGAGAACCGGCCGACGCAAACCCUCGCGGAUGUUGCUGUGUAAAUGUAAAUGUUUAUUUGAACUAUGGUUUUUAUUAUGCUCCUUUCUGUGCUUGUAAUAGGAAUACAAGACAAAUUACAAAUUGUUUAAUGCCAUUGCUUCUCUCCUCUACUUCAGUACCUCAUGGAUUAUAUCAGUUGUGAACAUUUUUGGGGGAAAAAAACAACAACAACAACAACAACAACAAAAAACAUAACAGGUGAACUCUGAUUUGACUGUUAAGGGAAGAAAGUCUGGGAUGCAAACACAACUGCCUUAAGUAAUGCAUAUUGUACAAAUAAAACAUUUUUCACUCAAGUAAA